AUGAACGAGAAACCGACCACCGAAUCGCUAUCUGCGGGCGAUUCGCCGUCGCCUGGCCCCGAUGAAGCCGCCGGCAAAGCGCGGUGGCUGGACGCCAAUUCGAGGCGCGAUGCUCUAAUGUGGUGCAAGGGUGUAUUCCACGCGGUCGUCCUGGGCCGAAAAACACUGCAGCCUUCGAAGAAUGGCCGCAUUAUCCCACUGCAGCUGGACCAAGAUGCGCCCCUGGCCGACGAACGACGGGGCGGCCAUCCCUUCGUUUCCAACACCAUCCGAACUUCCCGAUAUACCAUUUAUGACUUCAUCCCAAAACAACUGCUCUUCCAGUUUUCCCGAAUCGGCAAUUUCUACUUUCUCUGUGUCGGCAUACCCCAAACCGUGCCCGGACUCUCGACUACGGGAAAUUUUACCACAAUUUUGCCGCUGCUCUUUUUCGUUCUAGUCACUGUCGCAAAAGAGGGAUACGACGACUUCAAGCGCCACCGGCUCGACAAGGUGGAGAAUGCGGAAACAGCGCGCGUGCUCAAGCACUCGAAACAUCGCAAGACUAGCCCGCAGACCUGGCAGUCCAAGCUUCGAAGCGCCCUCUCGCGGAACCACCAAGGACCGGACACUGGCCAAGAAGCAGCAGAUGAUGGACCCUGGAUAACAACGAGGUGGUGUGAUAUCGAGAUUGGCGACCUCAUCAACUUACGGAGAGACAAUCCGGUCCCUGCGGAUAUUGUGCUUCUCCAUGCCGACGGCGAGAAUGGCCUUGCUUACAUCGAGACAAUGGCUCUCGAUGGUGAGACGAACCUCAAGAGUAAGCAAGUCUCGGCUGCUUUGGAGGGUUGUGAUACUGUCGAGAAGAUCCUGGCCUGCGAUGCCGAGUUUGUGGUCGAGGACCCGAACCCUGAUCUUUACAAAUUCGAUGGUAGAGUGACUGUCAACGGAAAGUCGCUGCCGCUGACGUCCGCCGAGGUCAUCUACCGAGGGAGCAUAUUGAGAAAUACGAGUUCUGCGAUUGGUAUCGUCGUCAACACUGGGGAGGAGUGCAAGAUCCGCAUGAAUGCUAAUCAGCACCCCAAGGCAAAGAAGCCCGCGUUAGAGACAGUGGCCAACAAGAUUGUUGUUACACUCGCGCUCUAUGUCGUUAUCCUUUCCGUCGGCUGCUCUAUGGGAUACGUAAUGUGGCAGCGGUCGCAGGAGCGAAGAACAUGGUACCUUAAGGAUGCCGAAGUCAAGUUCUACGAAAUCAUCAUUGGUUUCAUCAUCCAGUUCAACAAUGUCAUUCCGCUGGCAUUGUACGUCACUCUAGAGAUCAUCAAAGUUGGACAGCUACUCAUGCUCAAUUCCGAUGUCGAGAUGUACCAUGCCGAGACAGACACUCCAGCUCGAUGUAACACAAACACCAUCCUCGAGAACUUGGGCCAGGUCGGCUACAUCUUCACCGACAAAACGGGAACGCUGACGGAGAAUGAGAUGAAGUUCCGCAAACUAAGUAUUGCUGGCACGGCUUGGCUCCAUCAGCCGGAUGUCGAAAUUGCAGAUGGAGACAGCGAAAAUAAUAGCUCUGUAGAUACCCUGUCAGAAGCCAAGGGAAUUCCACGGAUAUCAACCCAGCAUAUUCGAACCGACGCCAUCGUCGACGACUACGUCCAAUCUCCAACAACUCUCGGUAGGCCAUCGAUGGCUCGUUCACGGGCACCGUCUAUCCGAAGAUCCUCUUCCCAGUGGAGAUCCACAGGCCGUCCGGACCAUGUGCAACCCGACGUCACGACCACCGACCUUCUAGAGUUCAUCGCUCUGAGGCCUCACUCUCUCUUCGCUAGAAGAGCCAGAGACUACAUCCUUGCCAUGGCCCUUUGCCAUACUUGUCUCCCAGAAAUCCGCCAUGGCGAGGUGGAAUACCAGUCUUCGUCUCCAGAUGAGCUGGCCAUGGUUCGGGCGGCACAGGAACUCGGCUACAGUGUCAUUUCUCGGACAUCAUCAAACAUCACCUUACGGCAGAGUUCCGACGCCGGCGAUGCGGAGAAAGAUAUAACGUUCCAAAUCUUGGAUGUCAUUGAGUUCAGCAGCCAUCGGAAGAGAAUGUCCAUUGUCGUGCGAUAUCCCGAUGGUCGUAUUUGUAUCAUUUGCAAAGGUGCAGACUCGGUUAUUAUUCCAAGACUCAAGAUGGCCAGCGUGGCUUUGCAAAAAGCCCAGGAUGUGAGGAAAAGCGCAGAACUUGGACACGAGCUAUUGCGAAAAAGUGAACAAAAUGAGCCGAGAAUCAGCAUUGGGGGUCGGGCUAGCAUGUCUUUGCGAAGAAGCAUAGGCAUCGCACGUAGUAACCCUGGCCCAAGUGUCCGGCCUCCUAUGGAUCGCAGCCAAUCUCUCGAGACAAGUAAAUUGCGUAAGUCGGGCGAUCUAUUGCGACCUUCAAUCAGCAUCCGUACGACAUCAUUCGAGUCGUCGUCAGGGUCUCCCACCCUUCCAUAUCACACCCCCGAGAAAUUCGCCUUCCUCGACGACCCCGCCAUUGCGGACGACUCGACCAUCUUCACAAGAUGUUUCAAGCAUCUGGAUGACUUUGCUACCGAAGGCUUGCGUACGCUACUUUUUGCCCAAAAGUUCAUCUCUGAGCAGGACUACCUCGCCUGGAAGCAGACGUUCGACGCCGCGUCCACCAGCUUGACCGAUCGCCAGGACAAGAUCGAAGCUGCAGCAGAAACGAUCGAGCAGUCCCUUAACCUCGUUGGUGCUUCGGCAAUUGAAGACAAGCUUCAGCAAGGCGUUCCGGAAACCAUCGACAAGCUGCGGAGGGCGAACAUCAAGAUCUGGAUGUUAACAGGCGACAAACGCGAAACGGCCAUCAACAUUGCCCACUCGACUCGCAUCUGCCAGCCAGUGUCCGACCUAUACACCCUGGAUGUUACUAAGGGAGACCUCGAGGGUCAACUCGUUGCACUCUCUGAAGACUUGCACUCUGGCUGUGUCCAUAGUGUUGUUGUUAUCGAUGGCCAAACCCUCGCCACGAUUGAAAAGUCUGAUGACUUGACAGCUCAGUUCUACUCAGUGGUCCCCUUUGUAGACUCUGUCAUUUGCUGUCGAGCUUCACCAGCGCAAAAGGCGCUCAUGGUCACGACAGUCCGCUCUCAGCUCCGCAAGCAGAGAGGCCGCAUGGGCCAUGGCCUAACACUCGCCAUCGGCGACGGCGCUAACGACUUGGCAAUGAUCUCUGCGAGUCACGUCGGCGUUGGCAUCUCCGGGAAGGAGGGUCUGCAAGCUGCCCGAGUGGCUGACUACGCCAUCGCGCAAUUCAGAUACCUCCAACGGCUACUACUCGUCCACGGGCGAUGGAAUUAUGUUCGCACAGCCAAGUUUAUCUUGUGUACUUUCUGGAAGGAGAUGUUCUUCUACCUACCCACUGCCCUGUACCAGCGGUACAAUGGGUAUACAGGAACAUCAUUGUACGAAUCGGCCAGUUUGACUGUCUUCAACACGCUCUUUACCAGCCUGUGCGUCAUCUGUCCAGGAAUCUGGGAUCAGGACCUCAGCGCCGACACUCUGCUUGCCGUUCCCGAGCUGUAUGUGUACGGCCAGCGAAACAUGGGCCUGAACCUGGCAAAGUAUGCUGGUUGGAUGUUAUCAGCGGCCAUCCAAGGUGUAUUGGCUUACUGGGGCGUCUGGGCGGGCUAUGUCUGGUUCGCAAGCUCGAGCGAUCAAGGCCUAUACGCCGUCGGUAAUCUUGCAUUUACCCUUGGCGUUAUCUGGAUCAACUAUAAGUGCUUCAUUCUCGAGACGCACCACAAGUCAGGCAUAGUAUUGGGAUGCUUUCUCCUCACCUUUUCCGGAUGGUGGGCCUGGCAAGGGAUCUUGUCAUCAAUCUACACCCGCACCCCGUCGAUUUACGCGGUGCGAGACGGCUUCUCAAAGACGUUUGGUCGGGAUUGGACUUGGUGGCUGACGUUAAUUGUGAUGAUUACCCUCUUCAUCCUCAUGGAGACCAUCUUCCGCACCUUGCAACGAUCCCUCAUCCUCGCGGGGAUGUGGAGAUGGCCUUGGGUUCGCAAAGAGGAUGACGUUUGUGCGGACGAAUGGCGUUUGGAGCUGUGGCAGGAGCUUGAGAAGGACCCUGCUGUUAGGGAGAGGCUGAGGAGGUUAGCGCGUGAUGAGGAUGAAGAAGAAGAGGUGGACGUGGAUGCUUGCGAAGGCGGGGUUGAAGUUGAUGGCGAGUCUGAGAGGGCGGCUUGA